AUGAAGGUCUUGGUAGCGUUGCUGACGGUGUGGCUGACGGUGCUGGCGGCGGCGCAGGAGUAUGGGUCGUGCACAGCGUCUCAGGUCAAGUCAGGGGAAUCUUGCGCCGAGUUUGAGGUCAGGAAGACGGUGCAGCUGCAACAGGGGCUGAUCGAGGGCGCCAGGUUGGAGGCUGAAGGAGGAGGGUUCUUCUACGGCUUCAAGAACAUUCCCUUCGCCAAGCCCCCCGUCGGAGAGCUCAGGUUCAAGGAACCCCAGCCGGCCGGGGCGUGGGCGGGCGUGAGGAACGGGUCGCUGCCCAUGCCCAAGUGCCCGCAGUUCGGCAUGGCGAUGUUCAAGGGAGGAGAGGUCACGGUCGAGGGAGAGGAGGACUGCCUCCAUCUCUCCGUGUUCACGCCGAGGUUGAAGUGUACUUAUCCUGCGUCCAGGAUAGUUUUGCCGGAUAACUUGACAGAAAUAUAA